AAAUGUCCCGGUGACUUCAGAUCGGAGGAGGUGGUCAGAUCUGCGGGAGCACGAUUCAAACUGGGGAACUUUCGCUUCGACUUAUAGUUGCGCUUCAAGUCUUGGGAUCGGAUGCACUUAUUUAAAAUUCUGAAAAAAAGAAACUGGAGAAAAGAGCGUGCAAUGCAACUAGUGGAUAACUAAGCUCCAUCAGUGAAAGACUUUGCAGACUCCAUACAGACGACAGACAUUUUUUUUCAUUUCGUGAUAACAUUUUAUUUAAAUUCGCACGCGCUGACGAUACAGCCUUUCGGCAGGCACGCUGCAGGAGACUCUUACCUGUGCAUUAUGAAAACCAGGAAUCAAAGAAAUCUGCGUUAUUGCGUGCAUAUAAACUUCUAUUAACAGCUUUCUUUUUCCUCUCCCGACUGAGCGAACAUCCCAGAGAGUCAGUGAAUGUGGAUGAUCUUAGUUUAGAAGUGGAUUUUGUGAAAUAAAUUGAUUUUAGUAACACGGGACGAACUAUUUUGCUGGCUGUUUUGGCUGAGUUGGGAAAAAUGAACCGACUGUGGGUUUUAGCCUUUAUUGCUUCAGCAUUUUUGCAAAUACAGACGUCUGACAGUCAAAGGGAGCCGACAGGUGACCGGCAAGAGGACACGGGAGCGCGGGUUUUGCGAGACCGACCUGGAUUCCACAAUAACGGCAGGGCGCAAACCAAAGGGGGCUCCUGGCCACCAGAUGAAAGCCCACACAGGACGCAGGGCGGUGACCUGCGAUCGGGACCGGGGAGCCCCCAAAAUAGCGCAGCGGUGAGACAGGGACACAGACCUGCUGUUAUGGGUGACAGCGCCGCGGCGACCCGUGAGACUGACGCCCCCGUAUCCCGCUCUGUCCCGAAACCGCGGACAGCGAGUGUUUCAUCUCGGCAGGGAUCGCGGAUCGCUGCCAGGCAGAGCCCCGCGGAAGUCGGAGACGGCGCCCCCCCUCCGAGGCGCCUUACUGGAGCCAACGUUUGUGGAGGACAGCACUGCUGCUCAGGCUGGGCCGUGGCUCCAGGGACAAAUCGCUGCAUAAAGCCGGACUGCCAGCCCCCCUGUCAGAACCGGGGCUCCUGCAGCCGCCCCCACACCUGUGUGUGCCGCUCCGGCUUCCAGGGGCGCCGCUGUGAGGAGGUGGCUCCUGAGCAGGUCUACGUCCGCUCCGGAAACUCCCGCACCCUGCGGCCCAUCCAGCCUGGCGCUGCGGCCCAGUCGCCCCGACGUCACGCUGCCAACAGCGGCAGCGGCUCCAAGACGCCGGCCACCAAGCAGCCUCCCCCCACUGCGACGCUGGCGAGACGUGGCCCGGCUGACACCUCCUCUCAGCAGACCGGGACGUCUCGGACCGUGAAGCGCUACCCAUCAUCCACUGGGCCCAUCACCUCCAACGCACUCCCCAGCACUAACGGCAAUGGGCAGCCCCCGGGCCGCCACAGGGCCCCCACUGCAGACCGGGCCACCGAAACUCUAAACAAUGCCGUCGUCCCAGCAGGAGCCAACCUCACCUCCAGCCUGGACCGUAUCAAGAUCGUCUUCACCCCGAUGGUGUGCCGGCGGAUCUGCAGUGCUAACGGACGCUGCCACAACAGCUGUGAGAAAGGGGACACCACCACCGUCUACAGCGAGAACCAGAGCCAGCCUCCGAAAAACCAGGGCUUCCGCCUCUACUUCUGUCAGAUCCCCUGCAUGAACGGGGGGCGCUGUAUCGGGCGGGACCAGUGCUGGUGCCCAUCAAACUCCACAGGGAAGUUCUGCCACCUCCCGGCUUCACCCCCAGCGAAGCCCCCCUCCCCAAGGAAGCAGGCUGGCCAGGCGGGACACAGCUCCUCCAUGUACACCCUCCCCCUCUCCAACCAGCAAGCCUCCAUGCAGCCGUCGCUGGUCAACGUGCACAUCCAGCACCCCCCGGACGCGGAGGUGCAGGUCCACCAGGUGGCACGUGUCAAGCCGGGCCAGGUGGAAGUGGAAGCCGGCACAGGCGGAACACACUCGGUACAGCAGAGGUCACAGCCCGGUAACGGUCACGGCAACAGCAUCAGCGGCAGCAACAAUAACGGGGUCAUACUGAGCUACGGUGACGGCAACGGUAACGGAGACAUCUACAGCCACACCAGGCUGCAUAACCGCUUGAACGGAUAUGUGGGCCGGUGCUUCCAAGAGACAGUUGACGGGAAGUGCGGCAAGCCGCUCCCGGGCCUUACCAGACAGGAGGACUGCUGUGGCAGCGUGGGGGCCUCCUGGGGCCUCAACAAGUGCACGGAAUGUCCACCCAAACCAGCUUACGCAGUGAUCGCACAUGGCCAGGUUGAGUGCCCCAAGGGCUACAAGAGGAUGAACCUAACCCAUUGUCAAGAUAUUAACGAGUGUACGAUGGCGGGGAUCUGCAAGAACGCCGAGUGCCUGAACACCAAGGGCAGCUACAGGUGCACGUGCAAGGGGGGUUACAUGCUGGACGCAGCGCGCAGCCAUUGUGUCUCGGACAAGGCCGUCUCAGAGAUGCGGGAUCUGUGCUACCGCUCCGCAGCGUUGGACUCCUGCUCGCUGCCCCUGUCACAGCACAUCACCAAGCAGAUCUGCUGCUGCAGCCGCGUGGGCAAGGCCUGGGGUGCGGCCUGCGAGCUCUGCCCCCUGCCUGACACAGACCAUUUUAAAGAGAUCUGCCCUGCUGGCCACGGCUACACCUACUCCCGGUCAGACAUCCAGAUCUCCCUGCGACAGAUGGAGGAGGAUGACCUGCAUCGGACCGGCCCAUCCCACCAGCCCCGCCCCCAUCCUCCUCGCUACCAUCAUCCUCAUCCUCCUCAUCAGCACCUACACCCAACCACUGACGUCCACAUCCAGGCCAAGCUGCCCGGCCGAGAAGAUGGAGAUGUUGCGAUUCUGAAUCCAGCCGCCACUGUCACCGAGUCGCCGAGCUAUCCAGUAGAUGUAGUGGAGAAGACCACCCUUCACUCACUGGUCAACGUGAGACCUGAAACAGAGGGCCGGGACACCGCACCCAUCAACGUGGCCACUCAGGUCACCGAUGUGGACAGGUGCUCCAUCACGCCAACCAUCUGCGGACCUGGGCAGUGUGUCCCCGUACAGACAGGCUAUACCUGCUACUGCCACCCUGGCUACCAGCUGAACCCGCUGCAGACUCGUUGCAUCGAUGUGGACGAGUGCAAGAACGACCCCUGCGAAGGCAAAGGACGCUGCGUGAACAGCUACGGCUCAUACAUCUGCCACUGUUACACGGGCUACAGUCAGGUCAUCACCCAAAACAGGAAGUUCUGUCAAGACGUAAACGAGUGCGACAUGCCGGACAGAUGUCCGGGAGGCCGCUGCGUCAACACUGAGGGCUCCUACGCCUGCGAGUGCGACACCGGCUAUGCCCUGUCCAGGAGGGGGCAGUGCGAGGACGUGGACGAGUGCAGAAACCCCAGCGCCUGUCCUAGCGGGAAGUGCAUCAACACACCGGGCUCCUUCCAGUGCCAGGAUUGCGGAGCGGGAUUCAGAGCCGCCGGAGGCAGAUGCCUGGCCAGUGUGCAUGGGGAGCUCACACGCCGGCCUCUCUUCCUCUCCCCAGACGUGGACGAAUGUGCCGAGGAAGACAUGUGCCCCCGUGGGCAGUGCCUCAACACGGACGGCUCCUUCCAGUGUGUGUGCAGUGCCGGCUUCGUAUUCUCCGUCGCCACGCUGGACUGCCAAGACAUCGACGAAUGUGCGAACUACACAGCCUGCGGGGCUCAUGGCUUCUGUGAGAACAGCCAGGGCUCGUACCGCUGCUACUGUGACCGCGGCUACAUCGAAUCCCCCGGCAUACCUGGGUGCAUCGACACCAACGAGUGUGAGAUGGGCGUCGCGCCGUGUGGCGAGGCCCUCUGCGAGAACGUGGAGGGCAGCUUCCUGUGCAUCUGCAGCAGCGACAACGAGGAAUUCGACCCCGCCACCACCAAGUGCCGCGACCGCUCCCUCAUUACGGGGGGUUUUGCCCCGGGGUUGGGUGAGACUGACGAUAUAGGACCCCCAAGGAAUCCCGUCAAGGUUUUACCUCCGAGCACCCCAGAAGCAGCUGACGAAGGGGAUCAGAAGGAGUGCUACUACAACAUAAACGACGACAUGAUCUGCAGCAAUGUUCUGUCCCGCAACACAACCAAGCAGGAGUGCUGCUGCACCGUGGGCGAGGGCUGGGGUGACAACUGCGAGAUCCACCCCUGUCCAAUCAGAGGGAGAGCUGAGUACAGCGAGCUGUGCCUCCAUGGCUUUGGCCUCAUCCCCCCACGUUCCUCGGCACAGAGCCUCAGUCAGCAGCCGUUUGAAGAUGCGGACGAGUGCGAGAUGUUCGGACAGGAGAUAUGCAAGAAAGGGCACUGCAGCAACACGUACGGCUCGUACUCCUGCUUCUGCCAGACGGGCUAUUACUACGACACCGUGAGGCUGGAGUGCGUGGACCACAACGAGUGCGAGACGGAGAACGUCUGUGUGGACGGCAUGUGCAUCAACAUGGAGGGCUCCUUCGCCUGCUUCUGCAGCCCGCCGCUGGUCCUGGAUGGCAGCCGGCGCCGCUGUGUGGCCAUCAACACCACCGAGGAGGGCUAUGACCCGGACGAUUACGAGAACAUGGUGGAGAUCUGCUGGGAGUCGCUGACGGAUGGGAACGUCUGUGCCCUGCCCAUCCUGGACCGGCACACCACGUAUGCAGAGUGCUGCUGCCUGUUCGGUGUGGCCUGGGGCAACCAGUGUGCCCUCUGCCCCACGCGCACGUCCGAUGACUAUGCCAUACUGUGUAACUUGCCCAGGAGGGGUCCCGGUGACUCUGACAGCCUGCGUGAGAGGCCGGGCUACGAGUACGGCCCCGAUGGCCUCGAGCGUCCAGAGAGCCCCAUUUACUGGGGGGGCUAUGGGCCCGUCGGUGGAAGCAGCUACUUCAACAGCCUGGGGCCCGAGUAUGGCCCCCAGGAGCCGCCAGGAGGCCCUCCCUAUGGCCGGCAGGUCUCCCCCGAGGACUACGGCCCACGGGAGCUGAUGCGAGUGCCCGUCCAUCGGCCCCGCCCACUCGAGCGCUACAACGAGCGUUACGAGGGGUUUGAGGGCCUGCGAGCGGAGGAGUGCGGCAUCCUGAACGGCUGUGAGAAUGGCCGCUGUGUGCGCGUUCGUGAAGGCUACACCUGCGACUGCUUCGAUGGCUACCAUCUGGACCUCUCCAAGAUGGCCUGUGUCGACAUAAACGAGUGUGAGGACAUCAGCGACAACGUGCCUCUGUGCCAGAAUGCCGUGUGCUCCAACACCGAGGGCUCCUACAAGUGUACCUGCCUGCCUGGCUUCGUGGCCACGCCCAGACCCCACGAGUGCAUCCCGGAGGCCGGAGAGCCGGCGGGGAGGGAGGCCGGAAAGUAAAGGGACAGAGGCGGGAGACGGGGAUCCCUGCUUGCCAGGCCAGCGGCCCAAUCUCACUUCCUGCGUCUCUCUCCCGCUGAAUCCUCUCCCACAGUCUGGCACUAAAACCUUCCACAAUAACAAAGGAAGAAUGUUCGGCCUAAACAUAUGCAAACACAAACACAGACACACACACAGACAUGCACGUCGGUCGCUGUACAGUCUGGGAUCUCUCCUGUCCCUCUGUUUGUAUUAACCCCCAUGAAAUGCAUACGAAAACCACCCCCCCCCUCCCCAGUCGUCCAACCCCAGCCUGCCUCUGUAGUCACCAGGCAGAAUUUUAUGUACAUACACGUUUUUUGAUUUUAUUUCCUUUGUCCUGUUAAUUAUUUAUUUCUUUUAGGGUAUGAAGCUUUUUUUUUAAAAAAAAAAAUAACUAACAAUGCUAAGUUAUGUUUUGUACAAAAAUAUAUAUAUAUGAAUAAAUACUGGGUGGCUGUGUGUGUUUUGAAUUACGUCUGAAUUGGAACAGCGGGCUUUCGUCAGGGAUGCAGGGAGAGAGAUGUGAAAUGUGCGGCUUUCCACGUCUGGCGUUUCCCAUAUCUCCGCGGUAACAGGUUUGUGACCCGUGGGAGGGUCUGUAAGAGUGUAGAGUGAGCUCAGCACCGCUGUGUGCCGGCGAUGUGUGUGCACCGCACCCCCGUAAGUGUGUCCGUGCGAUAAGCAUGGUGAGAUGUCCACCUCUGUCGAUCACCCACCUUCUUCUCCAGCGCAUGGAGACGGCAGCUCAGCCUCUCUGGGUCCCCUUCGCAUUCAAGCACACGACCCUGAAGUGGCUCUUAACAGCCCAGAGCCCCCACCCAAACCGCCCCACCACCGGUACAGGGCCCGAAUUGUUCUCCGGACCUCCCAAAGCUCCUGCCCCGGAGAAUGAUCCGCUGAUAUUCAUGACACCGCCUUCAGCCGGCCCCUUGGCCCAGAAGAGCAGCCCCUAAUCAACCUUAGACGUCAAAAGAACGGUCUGUGGGGCGCUUGCCAUCAACGGCCCCUCAUGGGAAUGCCCUGGCAUUACAGCUGUCAGAGCGGGCAGGAAUGGCACCCCCCCUCCAGCUAGGUGUGCCCGCUAACCAGGGGGAGGGCUGUAACCUGUCUGCUCUCCAUCAUCUCCAGCCAUAGGAUGGCAGUACCGUCGUGUGUUCAGCGCGUAAUGCUGUGCUUGAGAGGUACACAGCGCCACAGCUGCCACCGUGCUUGUGCUCUAGGUGUUCGAUCACGUCCACCUGCUUUCUGUACUCCCAAAACCCAUGCAAGAAAUGAUUCUUCCAGUUGGGGGAACCCAGAGAGCAAGCUGAGGCUCUGAUGACUGGGUUGACAUCAUCUGUACAGUUCUAGUCCUAAGUAUUUAAUGUACAACUAUUUACACAUUCUAAUUAUAUAGUGCGACCAGUAUUUGUGCAAAAGUGGAUCAAAGAACAAAAAAAAUGCAUAUUCCUUUACUAUAAUAACUUAGCCAUGUAGAUUUUUAUAUUUCUGUAAAAUUGUGUCUGUUUUAACAUUGUUUGUGUAUGGAAAAAAGUGGUUUACACUGUACCAUAGAAAGUGUAUGUAUCCUGCCCUGUGGUGCAGACAAUGGAAGUGAUUUUUAGGGCCUGGCAGAGUUUUUUGGACACAGGUGUAUCGCCGUGCCACCUUUCCGGCUCAGAAUCUGGCCUGUUACCCUUGGCAACUCGACAUGGUCACGAGGAUGCUUCUCCAGGACCGUAGGAUUAGUUUAUGUUAGUUUACAUUUUAAAAAGAAUACUCCACGCCUUUAAUGUGCCUUUGAUGUAACUGUACCACAGGCCUGCAUGACUGUGUCCCGAGAUUCAAAAUGUAUCAGACUCGUUUAGGAAUGGGAGCCAGUUCCCUCUGUGGAAUCAGGGGUUGCCAUGACAGCCGUGUCACAGAUGUUUGGAAUGAGCCUGUGUCCCAGAACGUCCUGCCGACCCCUAAAAAGAGCAGGCACUCUUCCCGAUAAUGGACAAUGCCUUUUUUUAAUGACUGAUGCCCUCGACCUGCAUUCUCCAUUCCGUACACGGUGUUUGUACAAAGCAACCCCACUGGCUGAUUAGUGAGUCUUCCGUUGCGGUUUUGUCAGGGGCAAUGAACUCUGUAAACCAUCAGUGAUAAGAAUGGGCUGUCUCUACCCAGCACUGUGGUUUUCUUCAAUGUUGUGUUCAUCCCCGCGUUUACCUCUAUAACUUUUUCAGUCAUUGAAAUAAAAUUAGAGAAAAGA